AUGGAGGGCACUGGGGAGCCGCAGUCCCCUCUCUUGGCGCAGUGGGAAGCCGUAAGCGCCAGCCAGGGCAUCCCUGGAGACCGGGCUCUGUCGCCUAGUCUAGGCAGCGGAGUGCCGCGAGGCCGCCCGCCUUUUGCCCCCCGGGGGGUCCCCAGCCCAGAGCUGCCCGGCGCCCUUCGGCCGCGUGCCGGCGCACGCUCUCCGCCAGGCGUGUCAUGGGAACGCGGGGCGCUGCGCGCGCAGGCCCAACGCAAACUUUCUGCAAGUGCAACUUGGGCAUCCCCCGGGGAGGCGGGGACGCAAGGCUCCACGGGAGGAGGGGGCACGAAGCGAAAGCGAAGGCGUCAUUCUGAUGGAGCCCCCUUUGAGCAAGAGGAACCCGCCAGCGCUGAGAUUAGCGGAUUUGGCAACGGCUCAGACCAGGCCGUUUCAGAAUAUGACAGGCUUCCCGGCGCUGGCCAGCCCGCCCGCCCACUCCCAACACCGCGCCACAGCAGCCCCUGCUCUAAAACUUUCGGCACCAUGCACGAGCUGGUGAAUCACGUCACGGUGGAGCACGUGGGCGGCCCCGAGCAAAGCAGCCACGUCUGCUUUUGGGAGGACUGUCCGCGCGAGGGCAAGCCCUUCAAGGCCAAAUACAAGCUCAUCAACCACAUCCGCGUGCACACCGGCGAGAAGCCCUUUCCCUGCCCCUUCCCGGGCUGCGGCAAGGUCUUCGCGCGCUCCGAGAACCUCAAGAUCCAUAAGCGCACUCAUACAGGGGAAAAGCCUUUCAAAUGUGAAUUUGAUGGUUGUGACAGGAAGUUUGCCAACAGCAGUGAUCGAAAGAAACAUUCCCACGUCCACACCAGCGACAAGCCCUACUACUGCAAGAUCCGAGGCUGCGACAAAUCCUACACCCACCCGAGCUCCCUGAGGAAGCACAUGAAGAUUCACUGCAAGUCCCCACCGCCUUCUCCAGGAGCCCUGGGUUACUCAUCAGUGGGGACUCCAGUGGGUGCCCCCUUGUCCCCUGUGCUGGACCCAACCAGGAGUCGCUCUAGCACUCUGUCCCCUCAGGUGACCAAUCUCAAUGAGUGGUACGUCUGCCAGGCCAGUGGGGCUCCCAGCCACCUCCACACCCCUUCCAGCAACGGAACCACUUCUGAGUCUGAAGAUGAGGAGAUAUACGGGAACUCUGAAGUUGUGCGGACGAUACAUUAGAAGUCAUUAGUAAUCAUAAUAAGUAAAAUAAUAAGUGGGAGCCCUUGGACCAUAUCCUAACCUGAGACAAUGCCGAGCCUGAGACAAACCCAUGACUCAGACUUGCCACCGGGUCUAAUUAGCCCUAUUUAUUCGGUAUGAAACCCUAUGGUGUUUGUACAUUUAAUUAAUUUAAUUAAGAUAUUUGGGCUUUUUUUUUUUCUUAGAAAACAAACAAACACAAAACCCAACCAAGCUGGACUUGUAUGUUGCAGGGGGACAGGCCUGGGAGCAAACUGUACCAGGGGAAAUGAAAGGAGGGAUCAGUUAAUCGAGAUACACACUGCCAAUGCAAUAUAUAUGGUUUUUAAAAGGGUGAGAGAAAGAGCAUGAAGUCAGAACUCCACACAGCAACAAGGCCCUCUGCAUUUCCUGGAGUGCCUCAUGAAUGCCUUUGACACCAUAAUGCGCUUCUCUGGAGUCUCUGCCUCCUGCUUGGGCCCUAAUUCUGCAAAGCCCUCUUGAUUGUAAACCACACACUUGCUGCAUUGCCCACAGAUCUUGGACUAUACCUGUGUCCAAAAAUAUUUGUAAAAAACCCUUUAAGUUCUAAUACUUAUAAUUUUUGAUUUCUAUUCUUAUUACUGAUCUCACUGUAACGCUAUUUUUAUACAGGAUUAUUUCUUCAAUACCCUGCUUGUAUGAUUUAACAAAGGAAAAAAAAAGAUGCAGCAACCUUAGUUCAUCUCCAUAUAUUGUGCUACUGUGAUUGUCAAGCUAAGUGGAGAGAAGAAAAAGCUGCUGUCAUAGACA